AUGAUGAGAUUUUAUCAAUUUAUUCUAACCGUAUGUUCUUCAUUUAUUACUAUCUAUGCUUUCACUGACCCAACUAUAUUGAAUCCACAACUGACAAAAAGAUUUGAAUAUAAAUUAUCAUUUAAAGGACCUCAUCUUGCUUUUAAAGACGGAACUGUUCCAUUUUGGUCAUUUGGUGGAAGUGCUAUUGCAAGUGAUGAUCAAGUACGUGUUACACCAUCAAUUCGCAGUCAAAAAGGUUGGAUUUGGACCAAGAAUAUGAUGACUGCUGAUAGUUGGCUUCUCGAUGUUAAAUUACGUGUAACUGGCCGUGGUCGUGUUGGUGCUGAUGGCAUGGCUAUUUGGUUCACAGAUAAACCAGGUGUUGAAGGUCCUGUAUUCGGUUCAAAUGAUAAUUGGAAUGGUUUAGGCUUAUUUCUCGAUUCAUUCGAUAAUGAUGCAUUGCAAAAUAAUCCAAUAAUAGCUGUUAUGAUAAAUGAUGGUACAAAAUCAUAUGAUCAUCAUCAAGAUGGUAGUGGUCAAAUUCAAGGAAGUUGUAUUCGAGAUUUUCGUAAUAAACCACAUCCUAUUCGACUUAAAAUAGAAUAUAUCAAUCAAGCAUUAACGAUUUAUAUUAAUAAUGGUAUAUCACAAGAUGAUAAUGCAUUUGAAUUUUGUACACGUAUUGAUGGUAUGCAAUUACCGAAAAGUGGUUAUCUUGGUGUUACAGCUGCAACUGGUGGUCUUGCUGAUGAUCAUGAUGUAUUAGAAUUUUUAACAAAUACAUAUUCGGAUAAACAAGCAACACCACAAAAUCAAGCGGCAACUGAUGAACAAGCAAAAAAAUAUAAAGAAGAAUAUGAAAAAUAUGAACAAGAUCUUAAAACACAACAAGCUGAAUAUCAAAAAGAUCAUCCAGAUUUAACAACACCAAUUAGUGAACAACAAUUAUAUGAAAGUGAAUAUGAUCGGGAAUUUCGUACUAUCUUAGAAGGUCAAGAUCAAAUUCGUCUUUCUUUGGUAAAUGUUGAUAAAAAAAUGGCUGAAAUUUUGGGACGUGUUGAACGAUUAGCUGUAACAGCUGGUGGUCAACAACAAAUUUCUGGACAAGCACAAGGUGCAUCAGCUAUACCUGCGGAUGUUGCUCGAAUUCAAGACAUAAACCGUGUAAUAAAUUCGAAUACUGAUAUGACAAGAACUAUUCAAAGUUUUGCACAAAUAUUAACUGAUUUACAACAAAAAGUCAAUUUUCUUCAAUCAAAUGUUAAUAAUCAAAGACCUGUUGGUAGUGGACAACCAGCAAUUAAUUCAAAUAUAGAUGCAAGUAUAUUAAAUGAAGUACGAGAAACAGUUAAAAUGAUUAAAUCAGAAACAAAUACAUUAAUACAAAAAUCAUCUCAUGAAGUUAAAUGUCCAACAGUAACUACUACUGGUAAUGGUUCUUGUGUGGGCUCAUUUACAUUUAUAAGUGCUAUUGCAAUACAAGUGCUUGUUAUUAUUGGUUAUUUAGCAUACAAGUAUACAUAA